AUGCUUCCCAGACUGGCCAAAUCGUCGGUACUUCAGCAGGUUCGAGGAGUGUCUGCAAUUGCAAAUGCUGAACCAUCUGGACCGAGUAUCAAGACGAGCAUUCCAGGACCACGGUCCAAGGAAUUGAGACAGGAAAUGGACAUAGUUCAUCAAACAACUUCUGUCCGUUUCCACGUCGACUAUGAGAAGUCGUUCGGAAACUAUGUGGUGGAUGCUGAUGGAAACACUCUCCUUGAUGUCUACACUCAAAUCUCUUCUCUUCCACUUGGUUACAACCAUCCAGAUUUGGUCAAAGUUGCCACUCAACCACAUUUGAUCACUUCUCUUGUGUCUCGCCCAGCUUUGGGAUCGUUCCCACGUACCGAUUUCGCUGGUGGCAUCUCUCAUGCUCUCACUUCCAUUGCUCCAAAAGGAUUGAAAGCUGUUCAAACGAUGCUCUGUGGAACUUCUGCCAAUGAAAACGCCAUCAAGACGGCUUUCAUUUGGUAUCAAGCUCAAAGAAGAGGUGGUCUUGGACCAGAUGCUCUUCAUUUGGAAAGCUGCAUGACUCAACAAAAGCCAGGAACUCCAAAUCUUUCUGUGAUGGGAUUCGAAGGAGCAUUCCAUGGAAGAUCCCUCUGCAUGCUUUCUGUAACCAGAAGUAAGCCAAUUCAUAAAGUCGAUAUCCCAGCAUUUGAUUGGCCAAUUGCCAAAUUCCCACGAUACAAAUAUCCACUCGAUCAGAACGCCGCUUAUAACAAGAAACAAGAUCAAGAAUGUCUUGCUGACGUUGAAGCUAAAAUUGCUGAGUGGAAGCGUCGUGAUAAUGACGUAGCAGCCAUCAUUGUUGAGCCAAUUCAAGCCGAAGGAGGAGACCAUUACGGUAGUCCAGCUUUCUUCCAAGGACUUCGCGAUAUUACUGCCAAGAACGGAGUUGUUUUCAUUGUUGAUGAAGUUCAAACUGGAGGAGGAGCUACUGGAGACGUCUGGGCUCAUGAUCACUGGAACUUGUCCUCUCCACCAGAUAUGGUCACCUUCUCAAAGAAGUUAUUGACUGGAGGAUACUUCUAUGGAGAGCAUUUGAGAGUAAAGGAGGCUUACCGUAUCUACAACACCUGGAUGGGAGACCCAACCAAAUUGUUGCUGUUGGAGAAGGCUGUUGAAGUGAUUAAGAGAGAUGGACUGAUUGAUCAGAGCAGACAAGUUGGAGCUGAAUUCCAGAAGAGACUCGGAGAGCUUCAAGCAUCAUCUGGAGGAAAGUUGGAUCAAGCCAGAGGAAGAGGAACAUUUGCUGCUGUUGACUUCCCAUCUGGAGCUCUCAGAGACAAAUUUGUUGACUUGGCUAUCAGUAACGGACUUCACUGCGGAGGAUGCGGAGAUCGUUCUCUUCGUUUCCGACCAUCUCUCGUUUACACCAAAAAACACUUGGAUCUGACAUUCGACCUUCUCGACAAGACAUUGAAACAACUUUAA